AGUGUACAAAAUACUGGCUCAAAAAUAAUUCCAGUUUUUCAAUCUCGCAGCGAAAGAUGUCGAAACAUGGACCAGCAAAUAGGAUUGUGGGUUUGGAUAAGAAUGUUUGGGUUGAGUUCUCUGCAUUAGCAGCAGAAACAAAGGCUCUUAAUUUAGGCCAGGGGUUCCCAGACUUUGCAGCACCAGGCUAUAUGACUGCUGCUUUAAAAGAUGUUGUUACUAGUUCCAAUCCACUGAUGAACCAGUACACAAGGGCUUUUGUGAGUCUGCUUUCUCAAAAAUGUUUGCUUUCUCAGUAUAAUGUCAUGAUCAUAAAAGCAUGCCAUAUGGUCAAUAUGUUAGUAAAUAUGGUUCAUAUCUUUAGUGUGGUUCAUACUGUAUUCCACUGCAAAUAUGAUUGCUCUUAAUGGCGGUACCUGAUGCUCAUUAAUUUUUACG